CCGCAGCCUCCACUCCUAGAUCCAAAUUCCAAAUCCGAGCUCCGAUUCGCACGCGCCGAUGAAUUUCUUCAGCUCCGUCUUCUCCGCCGCCGCCGGCGAGCGUGAGGGAGAGCGGGGAGAGGAGGGCGGGGAGGAAGCGGCGGGGGAGCACGGGGAGGGGGCGGAGUCCGGCGGCGGGUGGAGCUUCGGUGGGCUGAUCAAGACGCUGGCGGAGGAGAUUGAGGGGCAGCGGGAUGCGCAGGAGGGCGAGGGGGAGGAGGAUGGCGGAGAGGCGGCGGGUGGGGAGGGAGAGGGAGAGGGAGAGGGGGAGGGGGAGGCGGCGGAGGAGGGUGACGGAGGCGGCGGCGGGUGGAUCUUCGGUGGGUUGAUCAAGACGUUGGCGGAGGAGAUAGAGGAGCAGCGGAGGGUGAAUAGCCAGCUGGAAGCUGAGGAGGCGGAGGCGGCAGCGGCGGCGGAAGGGGAGGAAGGGGAAGGCGCUGAUUCCGGCGCCGCCUGGAGGGGCUUCGGGGGCCUGAUCAAGACGUUGGCGGAGGACAUACAGGAGCAGCGGAUGGUGAACAGCCAGCUAGCCGAGGCGGAGGAUGCGGCUGCGGCUGCGGCUGCGGCGGAAGGGGAGGAAGGGGAAGGCGCUGAUUCCGGCAGCGCCUGGGGGAGCAUCGGGGGUCUGAUCCAGACGUUCGCGUCGCGGUCGGAGUCGGUGCUCGAGGGCUACCGCCGCGACAUCCAGGACCUCGGCUCGGGCCUCCGCCUCGAGACGGCCUCCCUCCGUGCCGCGGCCGUGCGGGCCGCCGCGGCGUUUCCCGGUGCGCUCGAGGCCGGCGCCUCCGCUGCCUCCGACAGGCUCGAGUCCGUCGGCCAGGCCGUCGACGACCUCGGUGCGGCCGCCGCCGUCCUCCUCUCGCACGCCAACGAGGCCCUCCGAUCCGCGGACGCAGAAGGCGAAGAUGGUGGCGUGGACGGCUCCUCCCACCCCUCCGAGUCUGCCUCCGGCGCCUCAUGGCGCGCGUCGCUGCCGUCCAAGAAGUACACCCGUUUCGAGGCGCAGGUGCUGGCGCUGCGCGCCGAUCCUGCCACCUUCACUGAGGAGCCAGAGGAUGCAGAUGGGUUCGCUAAGUGGCAAGACGCAUUCAGAAUCGACGAGAGAAAAGAAGAGAUUGAGGGUGUGCUCCGGGAGAGCCCCGGGCUAGAGAGCUUUGUGGAGAGGCUUGUGCCAUCGGUGGUAGAGUAUGACAUGUUCUGGUGCCGGUAUUUUUUUGCUGUUGAUAAGCUCCGGCAAGCGGAGGAUGUCCGCACAAAACUUGUGACCAGGGCAAUGUCUAAGGAGGAUGAGGAAGAGCUCAGCUGGGAUGUGGAUGAUGAUGAGGACGAUGGCAAUGCUGAUCAUGAAGAAGGUGCCAACACCAUGAUAAAUAAAGAAGAGCGAAUUGAGGAGCGUGCUAGCCACAAGUUACAAGAUGAACAACAACGAGUCGCAGAUGUUUCAGAUAACAAGGAGAUGACUCUGGCAGCUGGGAAUGAUGAUAAUGGUGAAUCUAAGGAGAAAACAGCGAUAACAAAGUCGAGCAAUGACAUGGACAGAGAAGAGAAGAUCGACGCUGGUAACUCACCUAAGGAGAGUGAAUUCUCAGUGGUGUCUCAUCCAUCUGCACAGGAGGAAGAGCUUAGCUGGGAGGAGAUUGAGGAUGUUGGUGAUGAAGAUGAGAAGAAAGGAGCUGGUCCACGGUCGAGCCCUCCUAGAAAAGUUGAGGAUGUUCGGAAGCGAUUUAGUUCUGUAGAAGAUGAGGAGGAGCUGAGUUGGGAUGUUGAUGAUUGAAAAGACUUUCUGUUGCUAAAUUUAGCGGUUUGAAAGCCUUCAACUUAAAAGAUGCUACCACAGUUUUUUUCCACUUUGGUCUCAAUUGGGAUUCCAAUGGCGCUAACUAAUAUCUUUCAUAUUAUUUGGCAUAUGAUGUGAAUAUUGGGUGGUCAUUGGUCGCUCAAAUUCAAUUGGGCUGCUUGUUUGAUUACUGCCCUUGUAAGAUCUUUUAAUAGAAUGAUAGUGUUCUUUCUGUUAGAUUGCAAUUUGUUUUCACAUAGUGCCUACACUUCUUUUGAAGGACAACCUAGUGCCUCUUUCUUGUUAGUCGAAUAUGUAAUAGAUAUUUGAUUUAUUAAGAUACUCCCCAUGAAUCAACUCAUGCAUUGCCAUAAUAUUUUUCAUAAGGAACUGGAGUCUGGACAUGAACAGCCUGACUCAUCAACUGCCUGAAGGCACCGGGAAGUAUGGUCAAUAAAGUCAACACUUCCGC